CAUCGGUCUGUCGAUGUGCUAACGAAUAUUGGACCAACGAGAUAUAUUGGACCAAAGUCAGGAGUUUACAAUAGCUAGCCAGCCAGCUAACUGUUUUUAGCGUUUUGGACAAUUUAAAUGGAUGCUUGACGUUUAAUAAUGUAAACCUUAUGUUGUUAUUAACGUCAAGUAGGUAUGUAGAUACGAAGUCGGGAAAAGAUCCCUCCUCUCAUGUCAAACAAAGUGCCUCUAACAUUAAGAGAGGCAAUGUCGCGGGUGAGACAGCCACCCCUAGUGACGGGGAUCUCCCCCAAUGAGGGGGCAUCCUGGACCAAAGUGACCAUCAGAGGGGAGAACCUGGGGACUGGACAUGCGGACCUCAUCGGUCUGUCCAUCUGUGGCCAUAACUGUUUGCUGACAGCCGAGUGGAUGUCAGCCAGUAAGAUAGUGUGCCGCGUGGGUCCAGCCAAAGAUGACAAGGGCCAGAUCAUCGUUAGCACAAAGAGUGGAGGUCCCGGCACAUCCACCGUCAGCUUCAAGGUGCUCAAGCCGGACAAGAUCGGUAUCCUGGACCAGUCUGCAGUGUGGGUGGACGAGAUGAAUUAUUAUGACAUGCGGACAGACCGUAAUAAAGGCAUCUCCCCCCUCUCCCUACGCCCAGCCAACCCACUGGGCAUAGACAUAGACAAAGGGAAAGUCCCUCAGAAGGAUAUUGAAGGCAUGUUCCCUGGCAUGAGUGGAGAUUUCACCAGUGAAAACUUCUCUGCCACCUGCUACCUGAUCGAGAACCACUCCUCCACCAGUUUUGACCAGCUGCGUACAGCAGCAGGUACCCUGAAGAGGCAGGCCACUCAGAAGAAUGAGGGCAGUCUGGCCUAUGUUAAAGGAGGCCUCAGCACCUUUUUUGAAGCACAGGAUGCCCUAUCUGCAAUUCAUCAGAAGCUGGAGUCUGAUGGGACGGAGAAAGUGGAGGGCUCCAUGACCCAGAGGCUGGAAAACAUCCUCAACCAGGCAAGUGACACAGCAGAUACCUUGUUCAAGGAGGUCUUGGGCCGGAAAGAUAGAGCCGACUCCACCCGAAAUGCCCUUAAUGUCCUUCAGCGUUUCAAGUUCCUCUUCAAUCUGCCACUCAACAUUGAGCGCAACAUCCAUAAGGGAGAGUAUGAUGUGGUCAUCAAUGACUAUGAAAAAGCCAAGUCUCUUUUUGGAAACACAGAAGUUCCAGUGUUCAAGAAAGUGUACGCUGAGGUGGAGACACGGAUUGGUGCUUUAAGGAGUCUGCUGCUGGGUAAACUACUGGAGACGCCAUCCACUCUGCAUGACCAGAAACGCUACAUUAGAUAUCUGUCUGACCUGCAUGCGAGUGGAGACCCUGCAUGGCAGUGUAUCUCAGCUCAACACCAGUGGAUCCUGCAGCUCAUGCAGAACACCAGAGACCAGCAGGGGGAGGCGCGCACUGUUGUCAGCCGACUCAACCUAAGGCGAGGCAGCGGCUUCCAGACACCCAGAGACGACUCAUGGCCUGGUGGGGGUCCUCGGCAGCUGCAGUUUGUGGAGCGACUUACAGAUGUGGUCAUCAGCCAGCUGCCUAACUUCUGGAAGCUCUGGAUCUCCUACGUCAAUGGCAGCCUGUUUAGUGAAACAGGUGAAAAGUCUGGCCAGGUGGAGAAAUCCAAGAAGAAUGCCCGUCAGAGACAAAGUGACUUUAAGCGUAUGAUAGAGGAGGUGGUCACGAGGCUGGUGCUGCUGCUGAGAGGCUGCCUGCUGCCCACCUCUCUGCCUGAGGCUCAGCUGCGUCUGUAUGGAGGCUGGGACAACACCCCUCCCCUCAUAGGCACCCACCUGACGCAAGCCAUACACACCAUCAGGCUGUGUCAUGAAGCCCUCUCUGCGUUGGAGAUUCCAAACGAUCUGCUGCAGGUUAUCCAGGACCUGCUGCUGGAGCUAAGAGUGCACUGCCUACUGACUACACUACAGCACACAGCAGAAGAUGUGAAGAGGUUGGCUGAGAAAGAAGACUGGAUCGUGGACAAUGAAGGACUCACAUCCCUGCCUGCCCAGUUUGAACAGUGCAUGGUCCAGAUGCUUCAGUCACUGAAGGAGCCACUGGAUUGCAAGCCUUCUGAAGUCAAUAUUUUACAACUGGAAGCCAUUCAGGACCAAGCAUCUGAGCUGUUUGUGAGAAUCAUGAAGGUCUUCAUAUCUUGUUUGGAAGAGCUGAGCACUAAGACUGAUGGAGACUUAGAGACAUCCCAUAUUUCUUCAGAUUUGGGCUCUCCAGAUCUCUUCAGCAACACCUAUGAAGACUUCAAACCUACACCUGAACAGAGGUUACUCAUCAUCCUCAGUAACUGCCACUACCUAGGGAAGCACACCUUCCUCAACCUGGCUCAGCACCUGGACACACACGGCUUCACUGGCACGGACAAGAUCUUGCAUGUCAGUAUGGAAGCAGUGCGGGAGCUGGAUAGUGGUGUGUUUGAGAGCUACAUUGAAAUGAAGGCCGAUCCCAUCGUUGGAUCCUUAGAACCUGGAAUCUACGCGGGAUACUUUGACUGGAAGGAUUGCUUAUCUCCAACAGGUGUGAGGAGUUAUCUGAAGGAGGCCCUGGUGAACAUCAUUACUGUUCACGCAGAGGUAUUCUCCAUCUCUAAAGACCUAGUCCCUCGUGUUCUGUCUCGCAUUAUUGAAGCAGUAGCUGAGGAGAUGAGCCGUCUCAUGCAGUGUGUGUCGUCCUUUAGCAAAAAUGGAGCACUUCAGGCGCGGUUGGAGAUUUGUUCCUUGAGUGAUGCCAUAUCUGUCUACUUAACAUCUGAGAGUUGUGGCAGCUUUAAACAGGCACUGGAGUCUCUCCCACAACUGCACAGUGGAGCUGACAAAAAACUGCUGGAGGAGUUGUUGAACAAGUUCAAAAGCAGUAUGCAUCUGCAGCUCAGCUGUUUCCAGCUGGCCUCUACUCAUCCUGUGAAGAGAUGAACACACACACACACACAGAGGCACAAACACACAUGCACACACACACACACUACAGACGCUCAUGUGUGUCCUUUUGCACCUGUGCCGUAUACACGCACACCUGCGCUAAUACAGAGAAAAUGCUAAUCAUGCGCUUCUCAGUGAUUAACCACUCACUCACACACACGUAAACGUACCUACACUGUCCUUUAAAUGUCAUCCUGUUUGUCACAAUAAAGUGCCAUCAAAUGAU